CAGCUACUCAACUACUCAACUACUCAACUACUCAACUACUCAACUACAAUUACUCUGGAUAUCCAUCAUGAAUACCAUCAUAAUCUCCACACGGCUGUAGCAACUGAGGCCAUCAGUGCUCUCAUUCGGGACGCGUCUCGCCCUAAACGGCUUAGCUCCCAUUCUUAACGCGUUCGAGACACGCUCAUUUGGACGCGUUUUAUUAAGUUUCGGCCCCUUGAUUUAAACAAGCGAAACGCGUCUCGGUGCUCCUUCGCUUCGACCCCUUCGUGAGUUUUCCUAUCUUUCUUCUCUUCACCUCUUCUUCACCUCUUCUUCUUCUUCUUCCUCUUCACCUCACCUCCUUCUUCUUCCUCUUCACCUCACCUCCUUCUUCCUCUACUUCACUCUCCAUGCCUCCUCUCUCUUCAGCCAUGGCCGCCAUGGCCCUCAACCUCCUCCUCCUCCCCCUCACCGCCGUCUCAGCUACGCCCUCCCUCGACUUCCCCAUCUCAGAGCAAUACCCCCCCGUCGCCCGCGUCGGCGAGGCCUUCUCCUUCACAAUGUCCUCCUACACCUACACCUCCUCCUCCUCAAACGACACCACCUACUCCGUCUCCGACCUCCCCUCCUGGCUCUCCUUCGACGACUCCUCCCGCCUCUUCUCCGGCACCCCCUCUGACGACGACAUCGGCUACUCCUCCUUCACCCUCAUCGCCACCGAUCCCGCCGACAGCACAAACUCCUCCGACACCGCGACCUUCGUCGUCGCCGACACCGCCGCCCCCAACGUCGCCAUCUCCGCCUCCUCCCAGCUCCAGCAGAACUACUCCACCUACUCUGCAAACGGCAUCGGCCUCGUCCCCGGAUCCUCCUUCUCCCUCCAGUUCGCGGAAGACACCUUCACCGGAAACGUCACCGCCUACUACGGCCUCUUCUCCGGCCUCACCCCUCUCCCCUCCUGGAUCUCGUUCGACUCCUCGGCCAUGACCUUCGAGGGCACCACCCCCGCGCUCUCCUCCGACAUCGCGCCCCCGCUCAACUUCAACUUUGUCCUCGUCGCCUCCGACGUCGCCGGCUACUCCGCCGCCCAGACCGACUUCACCAUCAACAUUGGCGAGCACACCCUCACCGGCUCCUCCGUCACCGUUAACGCAACCGAGGGCGAGAAGUUCUCCACCACCCUCGACGUCCUCCUCGACGGCUCAGAGAUCUCGAGCUCAAACAUCACAAACGUCAGCUACAACGGCACCGAUGACUGGAUGGACUUUGACGAGGACACUCUCACUCUCUCCGGCACCCCUGCCGACGACGACGUCGGCGAGAGCAUCGUCGUCACCGUCACCGUCGUCGACGCGUUCGGCGACGAGGUCCAGAUGGACAUCGACGUCUCUGUUCUCUCGACCGACAACUCGACCGACGUCGACAUCUUUAGCUCCUCUGGUAUCUCAAACGUGACCGCCACCCGCGGAAAGAGUCUCUCUUUUACUCCCUCGCUCAAAAACACAGACUACAUCGAGAGCAUAUCGGCCUCGUACACGCCCUCCAGCGCCUCCUCCUGGCUCGACUUUGACGACAGCAACUACACCUUCACCGGAACCGUCCCCAGCUCGCUCACGUCCGUCAAGGUCAUCCUGACCGCCACCACCACCCUCGGCGGCAAGGAGACCGCCAUGUUUUACAUCAUCGGCAAGGGCACCGUCCUCUCCACCACCACCUCGGCACACUCUUCGACUUCAACCCACCACCACACGCGCUCAAUCACCACCCGAACGCUCAGCACCUCUACCACGACCGCGAGCUCCUCCUCCGCCCCCACCGCGACCGCAAGCUCAGCCUCAGCCUCGUCCUCCAGCAAAACAAGCACGAAAGCCAUCGCGAUCGCCUGCGGCGUCGUCAUCCCGCUCGCAGUCCUCUUCGCCGCCGCCGUGCUCUGGUACUGCUUCUGCUUCACCGCGGCCGCCAAGCGUCGCCGCCGCGACUCGAACCAGACCGCAGUCUCACCCUCGGGCUCGUCCCAGAUCUCGAAACCGAUCCCGAUUGAGGACGAUUGGCCGAUGAACAACCCGACGCCCACAAAACCCUCCCGCGCGUGGGACGGCCGCCGGCUGUCCGGUCUCUCUGUCUUCUCCGGCCACGCGCGCACGUACUCUGAUCUCGAGAAAGAGCAGCACACGGCCGUCAACGGCUUCGUUAUCCCCUACGACCCCGACGACUCCUCGCGGCCGCGACGCUCGCGCAUCUUCCGCAACUCGCGCGACUCCUCGCGGCAUACCAACGGCGGCAGCACGAUGGCGCACGACCGCGACUCGAUGGCCAGUCUCGCGACGGUGGCCACGAACGAGAUCUUCAGCGUGCGGCUGGUCGAGUCCAGCAACGGCGACAUCGCGGGUCUCGCGCGCUCGGGAUCGGCUACCAGCGGCUCUAGCGGGUCCUCCAGCGAGAACGACACGAGGCGGUACAGCGACGCGCACCGCAGCGUCGUCUCCGCCGGCACGAUCGGCGCGUUCUCGACCUCGUCGUCCGACAGACUCGGCGCCGUGCGCGAGGAAGACAUCGGCGAGGACUCGGAGCGACUGAUUCGCAUUCCGGGAAUCAGAAGCGACACGCCGUUAUCCGAAGACCGCUGCACGACCGCGUCGAGCAGCGAAGAGUCCACCCAGCGGUUCGAGCUCGUGCCUGGUGCGCGUGAAUGGCGCGAACGCAGCGAACGGCGGAAUCUAUCAGAGAACGAGCCGCGGCUGGUCGCGUUCACAAACGGAGGACGGCCGGCGAGCAGGGCGAGCGUGAGCGAGUCUACUAUUUACCACCAUCAGCAUCCACACACGGACGAGAGCAUGACGAGCGAGAUCGACGACGACGGACAAGUGUUUCUAUAGUUUCUUUUAUUCCUUUUUUGACUAAAAAAGCGUUUGUUUUUCUUGAUCUUUCUUUCUCGAUCGUUAAUUAGUUUUUUGCUGUCAUGAUUUUGGAUGCUUAAUUAUUUGUUUGGUACUAGAAUUUGAUUGAUUGAUGUUCAUCAUGUGUUCUGGCGUUUUUUCUUCUUUUUUUGUUUACGCUAGCUGUUUAGUAGUUUUAGUC